AUGUUGGGCGUGGGCGAGGUCGUGUGGGUGAAGUACCGCGGCAUGGGUGCCGUCUGGCCGUCGCAGAUCGUGUCGCGCGACGAUCUGCCUGCGGCCGAGCGACGGCGGCGACGAGACGACGACCACGUGCCCGUGCGACUUCUCGGAGGCGAGUGCGAGAUGACAGCGUGGGUUAGUCCGAGCGCCAUCUUCAUGUGGACCAACGCUAACACCGCCAAGUUCAGCCAGCAGACGCGAUGCCCCAAGAAAAAACUCCAAGAUUUCAAGGCAGCGUUAGAAGAGGCUCAGGAGAUCCACAGCAGGACCAAGGGGAAGUCGGCUGGGUGCAGUGGAGCAGGAGGGCUAGCUGCUAACGCCUCAGCACCUCAGAAGCAGCAGCAGGGCGACGGUUCGAGUGCGCAGCAGCCAGUGCACCUGUCACAGGAGAUACAUGACGAGGAGGGCUUCUGUGUGCACUGCCGCGUGCAUGACUACACUCGCAGCUUUGGCCCCAGCUGUGCGGAGGAGGUGCAGGGAGUGAAGGUGCAAGCGUCAGUGCUCGACAGUGACGUGGAAUGGCACUGCUCCCCCUCCUGCGCCAAGGUGGCGGCGGAGCUGAAGGGCAUGGAGGGCAAGAGAGUGGAGAUCCCCGAUGACACUCCCUUCUCCAUUGAGCUCGCCCGAUACAAUGAGAACGACCGAGGUGAAUCUUACACGGAACAAAGGACGGGUAGAGGUGCGGGUGGGUGGGGAGGAAGAGUGGGGUCGAUGGAAGGCUCCCGUCAGUCCAUAGCAGCAGCACUCAAGGUACGCAUUUCCCUGCCCUCCCUCCGCCUUCCCUCCCUCCCUCCCUCCCUCUCCCCCUCUCCCAUUCCCUCCCUCUCUUCACCUCUCACAACCUCUCUCCGUUUGUCUUCCGUAUCCCAUCCCCUGUUUCCCUCCUGCCACUGUUCCGUCACCGUACUCAACCCCAUCCAAUCCUCCUCGUCUGCCAACACCUACCAUCACCCAUUCUCCCCUCCCCGAACCCCUCCAUCUGCCCUCUGCGCGUCCCCUCAGAUCCUGCAGGCAUCGUUUGACCCGCUGGUCAUGGACGAUGGGUCGGAGCUCAUAGAGAGCAUCACCAAGUCGCUCGAGUCUGACGGGGAUGAGGGCUUCGACUUCAGUAAGUGCCCUUCACUCCUCUAUGCCUUUCUCCCCCUCUCGCUCCAGCUUUCCCCUUCCUUGCCACCUUUUCUCCAUCCGCCUCGCCUCUCCUUCCCAUCCCUCUCCUUCGCUCGCCCUUACUCUCACUACCCACGUAAUUUUCGGGUGGUGAUUCUACGCAAGGGAGCAUUGCCCAUCACUGCAGCCACGUUCAGGGUGUUUGGAGCAAAGUUUGCUGAAAUGCCAUUUGUGGCAACUCGUGUCGACUACCGGCGCAACGGCAACUGCCGGCGACUCAUGCGACAGUUGUGGGGGAAAGUGGGGGGAAGUGGGGAGGGGGAGGGGGAGGAGGUGGCGGAGGGUAAGUCUUGUGGGCUACGAGACGCAUGUGCGUGCAUCUAUGGGGUGAGGGUGGCUUUCAUUCGAUUUCUUUCCCUCCCUUUUCCCCCCCGUUUCCUCCCGCUCUGUCCUUACUCAUUCCUUGCUCCGUGCCUCUCCUCCUCACAGGUGGUGGAGGAUAUACUUCGCCUUCUAAGGGUGCCAGUGCUGUACAUGCCGUCAGUCAAGAGCGUGGUGGGCAUGUGGACUCGCCGCUUUGGCUUCCAGCUGCCGCCCACGGCUGAGCUGCAGAUGAUCGAGAAUAAGAUCAUCUGCCCGGAUCCCGCUAGUUCAACCAUGCUGAAGCGGGUCAUAGAGCCUAUAGGCAAGUCAGCUGCUGCAGGCACACCCUGUGCGUUGCCGCCUGCCGUUCUCCCUCCCAUGCGCACUCGCCGUGCCAUUGCUGCUGCUGCUACCGCCUCUGCCAGUGCUGCUGCCAGCCAAAGCAUGUCUGCUGGUGGGAGUGUGAAUCUCGCUGGCAGCGCUGCUGCUGCCGCCGCCGCCGCUGCUGCUGCUGCUGCAACGUCUGCUGGUGGUUCUGUGGCGGGAAAGCGAAAGAAGGGGAAAUCACGCGAUAAAGGGGCCGUCAAGGGAAGGGCUGCAGCAGAGGGUACAGGCAAUGGAUCUUCCAAGCCAGGUGGUCCUGCCAAAGCGCCCUCUGUGAAAUCUGAACCAGCUUGUUGCAUGGAUUCCGCCCUAUUGGCGUCUGGUCCUAUAGCAGUGUCUGUUCUUGGACUCAGCACUGGCACUGGCGCUGCAGCAGCGGCAGCAGCAGCAGCGAGUGCAGCAGAGGCAGCAGCGGGUGGGGUGAGCGGUUUUGGACAGAUUGGGGCGGAUAAGGGUGGUGCAGAUAAGGAUGGGAGGGGUAGUGGAGAUAAGGAUGGGAGGGGUAGUGGAGAUAAGGAUGGGAGGGGUAGUGGAGAUAAGGAUGGGAGGGGUAGUGGAGAUAAGGAUGGGAGGGGUAGUGGAGAUAAGGAUGGGAGGGGUAGUGAAGAUAAGGAUGGGAGGGGUAGUGGAGAUAAGGAUGGGAGGGGUAGUGGAGAUAAGGAUGGGAGGGGUAGUGGAGAUAUGGAUGGGAGGGGUAGUGGAGAUAAGGAUGGGAGGGGUAGUGGAGAUAAGGAUGGGAGGGGUAGUGGAGAUAAGGAUGGGAGGGGUAGUGGAGAUAAGGAUGGGAGGGGUAGUGGAGGAGUUGGUGCUGUUGGGGGGCUAGGCGUCCAGCAGGGGCAAGAGGAUGGGGCGGCAGCGUCGCAGGGGGUGUGUGGUGAUGUGACUGGGAUGAAGCAUGUGGCAGGAGCAGGUAUCUCUGUGAAGGUCGGCCUUGCGCAGAAAGCAGGGCAAGGGGAGAUGGUUGCGCCAGUACCAGCAGUAGGUGCAUCAACAGCAGCACAGAAGAGUUGUGUGGUUGCUCAGGGCCCAUUCGCCGGGGUUGUUGUGAAGCAGGAACCUGGGACGGUGCCGGCAGCACCGCAAUUUUCACCAGUACCACCAUUCCCCGCGUCAGGACAGGAGGCUGGUGCGUUGGUGCGGCCACAGGUGGUGGUGAAACUGGAGCCUGGCGUGGAAGGGGAUGCAGGGGUGCAGGGGACAGGCGCAGGGGUGGCACGGCGAGCAGGUAAAGGUGGUGCCUCCAAGAAGCCACGGCACAACCCUGCUGCUGCGGCUGUUGGUGGUGGUGGCGCUGCUGCUGCUGGUGCUGGUGAUGGUGGUGGCGCUGGUGCUGUUGGUGGCACCGGUGCUGGUGUUACAGCCAGCAAGCAGCGGAAGCGAAAGCGGCCUCAGGGCAAGGGCGCGUCAGGUGCAUGCAGAAACGAAGGGGAGCAAGAGGAGGAGGAUGAGGUGAGGGUGUUCUCACAAGAGGAGCAACUGUGGUGGGAUGACCGUGUGAGCAGAGUGCUGGACCAGUGGGCUGCUUCGGUGCCUGGAGGUGGGAGCAAGGCAGGCGCAGGAAGAGGGACCAAGGGGCAGGAUCCCGGGGCGAAGAGAGUGAAGCAGGAACCACAGGAAAUCCCACAGCAGCAGCAGCAGCAGCAGCAGCAGCAGCCGUUGCUACCGUUGGUGGAGCAGUAUGCCUUGUUUGGCACCGCCACUGUGUGCAGAGGCACUGCUGCUGGCGCUGCUGGUACUGCUUCCACUGCUGGCACGUUCGGAACUACUGGAACUCCUGCGUUUGGACCACCCUUGCAGCCUGCACCAGGCGUGCCUUAUCACGUCCUCCCUCCUGAUAUGACCUUCACUCGCCUCAUGCAGGAAUGCCUGCAGAUUCCCACCGCAGCCACAGGCACAAGCCGCAUGCCAGCAGCAGCAGCACCAGCAGCACCUGCUGUUGCUGUUCCAGUUCCAGGAGCAAUCGCCACACCAGCUGCAGCAGCAGCAGCAGAUGUGCCUACAGAGCAGCAGGGCCAGCAGCAGCAGGGGGAGAAGGAAGAGCAGAUGCGGUGUGAGCGGGAGAGGGUGGAGAGGGAGGUGGAGGAGGCAUUGGUAGGGCAGGUGGCGGACCUGGUGAGGGCGCUGCCUCAAGACACCCUGCUGCAGGCGCUGCUGGGAGGGUUGAGAGGGGCAGGCGGGGGAGAGCACGAAGCUGGUGGGCUCAGGAGGUGCCUGGAAGGAGUUUCAGGGGCAGGCUCAACUGCAGGCUCCAUCACUUCUCUCUUCCACCACUGGAAAAGAGCCCAUCGCAUCUUGGAAGCCGUCUUGGCUCAGUGCACGCCCUUGCUGCAACCACUGCUGCCACCAGCAGCAGCAGCAGCAGCAGCAGCAGCAGCUGCUGCUGCAGAAUCAUCUGGCAUGCCUUAUCCAGCAAAGCCUCUCACAUCACAAAAAGGAAACACUGUACCUGCAAAUAAUCUGGCAGCAGCAGCAGCGGCAGCAGCACCAGCGGCAGCAGCACCAGCAGUAGCAGCACCAGUAGCAACAACCACAGCAGCACCUGCAGCAGGACAGUCGCCUCUACCAGCGCAGGUUCUUGCAACAUUGGCCACCCGUGCCCCUGGAUCCCCUGCUUGCAGAUCAACAGCGGCAGCAGGUGCAUCCCCUCUAGCUGCCCUCACGCGUACACCUGCAACCUCACCAGAGGCUGCUGCUGCUCUUGCUUCUCUGGCCGCUGGCCUGCCUGUGCACGCACUGGAAAGAGAUGCCGAGCUGGAGAACUCAGUCUGUGAAGAUGCUGUAGAGGGUGGGACAGGGAGAGGGAGAGGGAGAGGGGAAACGGAAGGACCUGUGAGGAAAGCAGUGGGAACUGGUGGUGGGCAUGUGUGGUUGCUUGCAGCAGGUGGAGGCUUGGGAGAUGGAGUUAGGGUAGAGGAACUGGCAGAAGCUGAGGUGGCAUUGCGAAAGGCAGGGGAAGCAGGAGGAGGCGGUGUCAGCAACAGGGGGGGGUGCAAGGGUGACACUAAUGGGAGGGAUGCAGGGGGGCAUGAGGAAGCAGUGGCGGAGGGAGCAGUGGCGGAAGGAGCAGUGGCGGAGGGAGCAGUGGCGGAGGGAGCAGUGGCGGAGGGAGCAGUGGCGGAGGGUGCAGUGGCGGAGGGAGCAGUGGCGGAGGGAGCAGUGGCGGAGGGAGCAGUGGCGGAGGGAGCAGUGGCGGAGGGAGCAGUGGCUGAGGGAGCAGUGGCGGAGGGAGCAGUGGCGGAGGGAGCAGUGGCGGAGGUAGCAGUGGCGGAGGGUAAUGGUGACGAGCUAGCAGCAGAGGGGUCAACGGGGGAAGAUGCGAAGCAGAGCACACAUGUGAAAGUCGAGUCAGAUCAAAGGGCAGGUCUUUUGACGGAAGGCAGGAAGGAUGACAGGGCAAUUGUUAACGGGCGCGGGCAGCAGGUGGGGGGCCAACAGGAACGCGAUGGGGGGAGAGAAAGCAGUGAACAGUACGCAGCAUUGGUGGCGGUGAUGGGGGCGGUGGAGCUUGCUGCCCCGGAUCAGGUGGCAAUGGAUGAGGGGCGGGUGGGUGAGAAGGACGUGGGUGAGAAGCAGGUGGGUGAGAAGCAGGUGGGUGAGCCGACUGACGAAGGCAGCGUUCCGAGGGACGCAGUGGUGUCCCUGCCCCCCGAUGUGCUGCGCUCUCUCCUCUUUCAAAGCCAUCGCCCUGUGCCUUCGCCUGCUGCUCAUGGGAAUGUGCCUCUGCGCUUUCCCCCUGCAGCAGCAACCACAGCACCCCUGUCAGGCGCACCAGUACAAGCACAUGCACAGGCACGGGGACAGACAGCAGCAGUAGUGCAAGCAGCACCGCUCUCAGGAGCGAUGCAAGCAGCAGCCCAAAGUGCAUUGCCGACAGGAGCAGCGUCUGGCACCGCUAAAGCACAUGCCACAGUAGCCAUGCCACCACCAUCCGUGAAACCACCAGCUACACUGUCCCAAGCCAUCAAAUCCUUAACUCGCACUCUCCCACCCGCUUCCCUCAUACCCCCCCAAGCUCCUCCCAGCCUUACCAUGCACAUGCCCUGGCCGCUACUCCCAACCAUGCCUGGGAACACAGGUUCUACCCAUCCUUCCUGCCCCCUCCCACACCUUCCCUUCUGCAACCCUCUCUCUGGGUUCAGCUUGCCUUCUGGUUGGAACAGGGUGGGCGGGGAGAGGACUGUCGGAGCGGCUAAGAGCGAUGGUGGUGGUGAGUAUCCCUGUGGUAGUGUGGAUGCGGAUGGUUUAUCCUGUGGUGCUGAUAAGGGCCGUAGUGAUGGUUGCAACGCCAGUGGCAGUCGUGGAGUGGAUGGUAGAGCUGAUACUGAGGGUAAGGAGAGCAAGGGUGCAUUGGCAGUUGAGGAGAGCAAGAGUGCACGGGGUGACGAGGAGAGCAAGAGUGCAUUGGGUGACGAGGAGCCCAAGGCAGGGAUUCUUAUGGCGGCUGGGGGGUUAAUGGCAGGAGUCGUUGGAGUGAUGAAGCUGGGGGUGACAGGAGGGGACUCUCCUGCCGCUGAGCCUGCACUUGCAUCUGCCGCUGCCACUGCUUCUGGCCUUCUUCCUCCUCCUCCAGCUCCUGCCUCCCCUCGUCCUCCUCCUGCCUCCUCUCCUUGUCCUGCUUCUGCUGCUGCACCACCUGCCUGUGCAACCCCUGCUGCUCCCCGUACCAAGGACUGCUUUGCCUCACUCCUUGCUGCCAAACCGAGGGGCCCCAAAGAUGCUUUGGGCAUCGCAUUGGUGGGUGAGUCCCCUCCUGACAUCAUCAACGAGUGGCCGGCAGUCCACAGAAUCACAGGUUUCUAUCUAGAGGAGUGA